AUGGAAAAUGAAAUAUGCUUCCAGAAAUCUCGCUAUGCUUAUUGUAAAGCCAAACAAAUUUCUCGUAAAUUUGAUCCACCGGAAUUUUGUGAAUACACUGAACAAAAGCGAGAAAGUUUUGUUGAAAUGAAAGAAAAGAAAUUUAAAAAUGGUCAUGCACGAAGCAUUUCAUCUGAUAAUGGCGAUAUUUAUGAUCCUAUCCAACCAACUAAUGGGUGUAUUGCAAAUGGAAGGUUUGGAAAUGAUGAUUUUUCAGUGCCUCAGAUCACAAAAUUUCAUAUAGAAAAGACAAAAGACACUUCUUCACCUAUUGUUGAAUAUAAAUUAGCUCAGUUACCUCAAUUAGAAGAAUACAAGGUAGAACGCAUGGAUGCUGCCACUUUAUAUUUAGAACAAAGGGCUGCAUUGAAAAAAACCAAUUCAUCGUGUAUAAAUAAAGGAUCGGAUAUUAGGCGACUCGAUGAUAAGCAGUUAGCCAAGCUGAAUGCAAAUCGUGCUUUACUGAAGCAGCAACAAGAUGAAUUGCGGUCACUUGGUAUUCUUCCUUGA